GAAUAAAUUAAAUAUCAAAUAUGCAAUAUAUUAUGUUGCAGAAUUAUGGAAUAAAGUUGAAGAAAUGACUAUAGUAAAUUGUUGGAAAAAAACAAGAAUUCUUACACUAUUAUCAGAUACAGAGAUUGAUGAUACUACUUUCGCCAUUCAAGACUUGACAGAGGUAGAAAAAGAUGAUGUUGAUAAGUUAAUUAUAGACUUAACAACGAACCUGCCAGAUGAUCUAACAAUUGGACAUCAGUUAAAUGAAUUUAACGACAAAAAUAAUUCUCAAAUAUCUACUAAAGAUAUUCUUGAUAAAGAGCAAAUUGUUAACAUUGUGCUAGAUAAACAAUGGGAGUUUAAAGAGGGUGAUGCAAAUGAUAGUGAUGUUCCACUGCCUGAAAAUCUUGCUUUAGAAGGCUUGAAUGGUCUAAAAAGAUUUAUUGACUUUUUUAAGCAACAAGAAAGCCGUGAUUUUAAUAUAAAAGAUCUGAAAGUUUUUAGAAGAUAUCAUUAA